AUGCAAUUGGGGCAAUUGAAGAAAGACCUAGAGCAAGGGAAGCAAGGGAGAAGUAUACCUGGAUACAGAGAGACUCAACAGCCGCAGAGAAGAGAAGAAGAAGAAGAAGAGAGAUUUGUUUGGGAGGAAGAUAAGGGAGAAGAGGAUUUUUUGGGCUCUCCGUUAAGUAGCCGUCAAACACCCUGCUUCUUCGUCCUCCAUGGACCACUCUGCUCCGGUUUCCACUUUCGUACCCUUAAUUUUUUGAGUUCUGCCAUCGAACCGAACCGAACCGCUUCCCUUUUAAGAAAGGAUUGA